AUGGGAAGUAUGUAUUUACAAACUAUAUAGAUUUUUGUUAAGGAGAUAAAUAAUAAUAUGAUUUUAAUAGCCAAGAUAAUACUCACAUUUAUGAAGUUACUAUUAAUUAAUCAUCUAUCUAAAUAAUUCAUGGAAAUAUUUUAUAGAAUAACCUUAGAGGAAUAUGUAAAUUAUUCUAUCUUAUCAUAGUAAAUGCAUAAAUUGAUCCAAAUUCAUUCACAUUAAUGUAAUUACCAGAUAUGUAAAGACAAUUUUGUAAUCUAUUAUAAUUAUUUAGUAAAACCUAAAAUACCAAUUAUAUAAAGAUUACCACCAGGUGCAUGUCAACCAGAAUUCAUUAUUAAUCUUAAAAUUAACUAUUAAGAUACUAAAAAAGAAAUUGUAGAAGCAUAUGAAUAAUGGUAUAUUUUAUAUAUAUUAUUCAUAUUAGUUUUGAAUUAAUGUUUUAACAUGAAUUAGAACAUGUUGGAUAUAGAGAAGGUAAAGAUAAGUAUAAAGAUAAAUCUGAAUAAUUACAUAACUCAGAAUGUUUACUUGAAGCAAUCUUUAAUCGUAUUAAAUCCAGUAAAAUGAUUAAAGCUUUUCAAAUUUUCAGUGUCGAUAUGUAGAUUUGUUAAUAAUACAAAAAUGAGUUUAAAAAAUAAUAACAUAAGUUUUUAUCCAAAAAGAAUUUUGAAAGAUGUUCAACUUAAGAAUAACUAAAUGAAUCAUAUACUGAAAGAAUCCUUACAGCUAAUUCUUGUGAUCAAGCAGAUUUUGUUAAUAAAAAUUAUAUUAAGUAACAACUUAAAAGAUCAUUUCCUAGUUCUUAAUAAUAUAAAGAUUUUUGA